CCACACCUCAUCAUUGUAUCACUUCAUUCCCGGUCCUCAGGAUUGAUUGCUUCCACGACCACAAAAUCUCCACUCUUACGAGUUCAGCUCGGUAAAGCAUCAGCUACCCCAGUCCACCAUGCUCUACAGAAACUCGGUUGCCCGCUCUGUGCUCAGGGCUAUUUCUAGCUCCAAUGCUUCGGUCGCCCGCUCGACUUUCUCCAACAAUGUGUUCAAGGCUCACCUGACAUCCUCCGCUCGUUUUCCCGCUCGCGCAUCCAGCUUGGCCCUGACUACCCGCAAGCCCGUCACCACUGCGCUUGUCCGCUAUGCCUCCAGCGUCCCGGGCUCUACCAACGUCCCCAAGGAAGCCAAGGUUGCCGAGGAGGACCAUGACAUGAUGGCGGGUAUCAAGACCGAAGCGAAAGUCAUCAAGGACACUUUCAGCCUUGAGGGAACCCCCAAGGAGGCUCUCUACCUCGGAAUGGCUGGUGUCAUCCCCUACCUCGCUACUUCCCUCGAGACUGUCUACCUUUCCUACGAGAUCAACCGUGCUACCGCCACCGGUGAUGGCCUCAUUUUCUCCGGCCAGACUGCCGAGCUGAUGCUUCACAUGCUCGAGCCUAUCCAGGUCGGCUAUGGUGCUGUGAUCCUCUCCUUCCUUGGAGCUGUUCACUGGGGUCUUGAAUGGGCCGGAUACGGUGGCAAGCACGGUUACAGGCGCUACGCUGCCGGUGUCAUCGCCCCCGCUGUUGCCUGGCCCACCCUGCUACUUCCCGUCGAAUACGCCUUGAUCAGCCAGUUCCUCGCCUUCACCUUCCUGUACUACAAUGACGCCCGCGCUGCUGCCCACGGCCGUGCUCCCCACUGGUAUGGCAUGUACCGCUUUGUCCUGACCUUCGUUGUCGGAGCCAGCAUCGUGGCCAGCUUGAUCGGCCGUGAGCAGAUCGCCAACACCAUCAGCACUGAGCACACGAUCACCGACAAGAUCAACGCGCUGCUCUUCCUGCAGAAGAAGGAGAAGGAAGAGGCUAAUGCUCGCCGCCGCGCCGAGCUCGGCGAGGAGGAGUCUGAGUAAAUGACAGACUUGCGGGAUACAGGUGAUACUCUGUGCAUUUUGAGAUGCUCAUAGCACAUGAUAUGACCUAUUGAGGGGUUGGGUGAUAUCCCGGGCUGCCUGUGGCAGCUCAAUGUGACAGUGGGAAAGACGUCGCAUCGUUUUGAUCGAGUUUCUGUAGAUUACAUGCGAAUUCAAUGACCUGGCGGACGCUGGUACUUUCUUUUGUUUGAAUUUCUAUUGGACUGUAUAUGAACAGGUUAGACUUAUUCGGUGGGUUCUCGAAAAUUGCUGGAUUAAGCUGAAGAGGGGUACGGAGUAGCGUCAAGACGGUUAGUCUAGAGAAAUUCAAAACUUCUCUUUGAUU